AUGUACCCCCCUCGAGCAGCGCACGCCAACUUGGCGACGGCUGCGGGCCUCGUUCACGCUGUUCGGGUCUAUGAGCUCGAGAGGCUCUUUGAGGACCGCUUGACGCACGAGGACCGCGCUCGUCUGCGCGACUGCCCGUGCUCGAACAGCAAUAGCAGCGAUAGCCGUAGCGAGCUCAGCCUUUUGUCACUGUGUCUCCCUAUCGAUUUCAGUGGCAAAACGGCUCGGAACGAAGUGUUUGCCUUUUCUGUCGCAACAGAUGAUCGCUGGAGGCACUAUGACUGGGACGCGCUCACAACCGUAGCCUGGAACGAAGACAAGCAGCUGCUCUGUCAUGCGCACAGCAAAGGCGUGAAGGUGGUGGUGAAACACAACUUUGACGAUGUGCUCCAACUGUGCAACGGGACUGCACGGCAGGACUGGAUCAAGGCAGCCUACUCGAAGAUCGUGCUGAACUACGCUGAUGGGGUCAACAUUGACACGGAGAAGCCCAUGCACGGGGCCACCUCACGUUGCCUCGGGUCGCUCGUGAACGAGCUGCGUGUUGAGCUCGAGCAGCAUGCACUCACGAUGAACGCGCAGAUCACGUUUGACGUGCCUUGGGCACCUCGAGGCAUCGACGGCCGCUACUAUCCGUGGCGCGAGCUCAGUCUCGCUGCCGACUUUCUGUUUGUCAUGUCGUACGACAUGCGCAGUCAAGUGUACGAUACGUGCGUUGCUGGCGCCAACUCGCCGUUCGCGCUCGUGAAGCAAGGACUGCAAGAGUUUCUUCUCGCGUACGACGUCACGCCAGAUAAACUGGUACUGGGCGUGCCAUGGUACGGCUAUCGCUAUCAGUGUCUCGAACGAGAGGGAGGAGGACUUGACAACGCUCCAUGGUGUCCGAUCGAGCCAAUGCCGUUCUUUGGUGCCCCUUGCAGCGACGCAACCGGUCAACAAGUGGACUACGGCGACAUUCGGCGACUGAUCGAGCGCCAAGGGCUUGUCGAACAAUGGGACCCAGUGACACAGACGCCUUUCGUCUCGUAUUCGUCAGAGGGGCAGCCGUUGCAGAUCUGGUUCGACAAUCCGCGCAGCUUGAGGGACAAGUACGCCCUCGUUCGCGAGCUCGGGCUGCGCGGCGUCGGCAUGUGGAACGCCGACACGCUGGACUACUCGGCAGCGAAUGACAGCGCGAUCAUGUGGAGUUCGUUGGCGGAGGCUGUUGCCGCCAACUUUUCUCGGUCGAUUGAAUCUCCGCUCGCAUAA